AUGCAAGCCGAAGACGAGAGCAGCCGCGUCGGCUUCCUGAGCUUGUCGCCGGAGCUGCGGAACCGGGUCUACGAGCUGGCCUUUGAACCACCGCUUGUGCUCGAGGCUCAUCUCGUCGUACUGCUCAAGUCAACUCCUCCUCCAAAGGCGCUGCUCCCCACAUGUCGCACCGUCUACGAAGAAGCGCGCAAGAUGCAUCACGCCACUCACCGCCAGUCCUGGACGACCAACCAAUUCUGCAUCCACGCCCGCACUGCCGACCUAGCCAACAUACUCCACAAAAAGCACGUUAGCCGCGAUCUUGACAGAAUGACCUCCUUCCAGAUCAUCGGAGGUAGCGACCCGGAUCCACACUACCACAUCUAUUCACACUGGCGCAUGUUGCCCCAGCGCGAGGGAUGGAUUUACUGCGAUCAUAGCGGGAUGCGCGUGGCACAGGUCAAAGAACGUGUGAGGCCGAAGUCGAUGUCGAAGACCAAGUAUGCCCAGUUUCACCUUAUUGGCCGUCCUCUUAGCGAACAAGAGCUGGACCACGCUCUGAAAUUCGGCUUGGAGGACCCACACAUGUCUGUUGGUCUGCCGGUAAAGCGAUUCAAGAGAGGCUUCAGGUCUUUCGGAGGGAGUGAACCUUUGCAGGGAAAUGGGCUGGGUAAGGCGAUGGCAAGUGAUGGUGACGAUCGAGGGUGCAGCGCUCCACGCCAAGAGCUAGCAGCAUUUGACACAUGGCUUCCAAUCAACGAACUUCCAAUCAUCGAUGAGAACGCCUCAUGA